AGCUUUCAAAGUAUCAAGAACCGCGCAGCGUCGAGCAAAGAUCUUUGCUGCUGACAAACGUUUUGUUUAUAUCUGCCAGAUCGACGAAAGAUCAGCAGCAACAAUUGAACAAUCGACUGAACGACUGACUAGAUGACUAAGCGACUGCCUGUCUGAGAGUUCGCGCAAUGGCAAUAGCAACAAUAAAAGCUUUAGCAAACAGUUGAAUACAUAAUAAACAAAUUGAAAAGUUUCGCUACACGUACACGGCAGCUGCCAACGGAACGCUGAACUGAAAACGCUCAGUCGUGAAUUGAAUUACGUUAUGAACGCACAUAGCGUACUAAAGCGGUUUAGCAUUUGAGAAGCGAGUUUCGAAAAACGGUUGCGUCUGUUGAUAUUCGAAAUAUUCCUCGUACGAAAUAAAUUGCGUAAAUAAAAGUUGAGGUGUUGAAGGUUGAAACCGAUGACUAAAUUAGCGCAGAUGUUGUUGAUCUAAAGCAAAUAACACAAAAAAAAAAACAAAAGUCUUAAGUCUGUUAGAAACCCAAGUGAGGAAAAAUCAAAACGUGCAGUACUCGUAUUUUCAAGUUCAGUGCAAACGAGUUGCCGAGGAAAUAAAUAAAUUAGCAUUAGCUAAGUGCUUCAACAAUAUUCUAGUCGUGCAUUUACGUAAAAAAAAUAACAACAAUUCCAAUACAGAAUACAAAACGUUUGUAAAUUGUGAAAACUAGAAAAGAAUCUCAACGAAAAAUUGCAAAUUAAACCAAGAGCGCAGAAAUAUAAAGAAGCUUUUGCCAACAUGUCUAAGCCACUGACGAACACUUGUUGCUUCUGCCAAUCUCUACGUAAUGGAUCCAUUAUAUCGGGUCUUCUGGCAAUCACGCUAUCCAUCAUAACGAUCGUUAUUAGUUUGACAUUACGCAUCGAUUUUAAUACCAUAGACUUUGAUUGGCUGCCAAAGGAUACUGUUAAGAUUAUAUUAAUUAUAAAUCUAUGUAUGACAAUACUGAUAUCAUUGCUCAUGAUUAUUGGCGUAGUGAAGCGUAAUCACUAUUUGAUGAUGCCAUGGGUUGUUUUAGGCAUUAUGAUAGCCAUUGGUUUACUAAUAUCGGUGAUAUAUACUGCCGUGAAAGUAUUCAUUGACGGUUACGUGCUGACUGGUAUACUGUGGCUAGUCUUCGGACUUCUCACAACAGCAAUUCUCUCCUACUGCUGGUGCGUUGUUUACAGUGAAUACGUGGUUUUGUUGCAGGAGAACGAAAGGGGACGUUACAACAAACAAUUAUACCGCCGUUAAGCGAGCAACGAAAACGAUUAAAUAAAAUUAAAAUAUAUUUAAAGAAAUAUAAAGGUGUGAAGCGACUUGUUUUUUUUUUUAACUGUGCAAAAUAUAUCAUACCAUGGGCGUAUGUAUGUAUGUGUGUACGGCAGCAUUUGAAAAAUCAGCCUAAUUUUAAGCACAAUGGCAAUAAUAUGCACAGCAUUUCAAAUGGCAGAAACUUUAUACUCGUUCUUCAUUUUUUACCAAACUAAUUACAAUUUAUUUGUAAAUUGAAAGUUAAUUUUAUUAAAGAAUAAAAUUGUAUUAUACUUCAUCCCACAUUUUUCACUAUCUGCCUACUCACCAUACUUGCCUAAUUUGUGUAUUGUUAAACACUCUCUUUGCUCAUCGUAUGAAUUUACUGAAAUUAGUGCAAAUUUUUUUUUAAUUAACUCAAAUUUCAAUUUAAAAAGUACUAUGUAUGUAGAUGUUAACUCAUAUAUGUGCGCAUUAAUAUGAAAUAUACUUUAAGCAACAAAAUGUUUACUGUUGUGUGAUUGCUGUAUCGAAUAAAGAAAAAUAACAAAUUUUUUAACAAAA